AUGGGGACUUGUAGGCAGCUCCUACGCGCCGUGAUCAUGGGCUCCCCAGGCUCCGGCAAGCACACCCUCUCAUCGCUCAUCAUCAAACACUUCCAGCUAAAGAAGGUCUCCAGCGGGGACCUGCUCCGGGACAAUGUGCUGAGGGACACAGAAAUUGGUGUACUGGCCAAGGCUUUCAUGGACCAGGGGAAGCUCAUUCCAGAUGACAUCAUGAUUCGGCUGGCAUUUCAGGAGCUGAAAAAUCUCACUCAGUAUAGCUGGUUGUUGUGUGGUUUCCCCAGGACUCUCCCACAAGCUGAAGCCCUGAAUAGAGUUCAUCAGAUACACCUGGUGAUGAACCUGAACGUGCCCUUUGAGGUCAUCAUGCAACGCCUCGCUGCUCGCUGGAUUCAUCCAGCCAGUGGUCGCGUCUACAACCUUGAAUUCAGCCCUCCCAAAGUGGUAGGUGUGGAUGAUCUGACUGGAGAGCCUCUCAUUAAGCGUGAGGAUGACAGACCAGAGACUCUUAUCAAGAGACUAAAGGCUUAUGAAGACCAAACAAAACCGGUCCUGGAAUAUUACCAGAAAAAGGGGGUGUUGGAAACAUUCUCUGGAACGGAAACCAGCAAUCUCUGGCCCUAUAUACAUGCUUGCCUGCAAACAAAACUUCCACAAAUAAGCCAGCAUCCCCAUGAGGAAAAAUGCUUGUAA